AUCGAAUGGUAAAUUGCAUGUGUACGUUAUACGAGAGAGCGCGAGUCUCUGGACACGGCCACGGGUGGUUAGGUGCGACCACACUGUACGGCAGCGCAGGGUGACGGGCGAAAAUCACGUAGGGCGCAUCGUCACGCGUAAAAACGCUCAACGCGACUGACGCACGACGUGCCCACCGUUCAUUCAUCCGUGCGACAAUGACAGCGUGCUGCUAACCAUUCUGACGAUUCCGGAGCCAUGGCGAACAUCGCGGCGCAGCGAAUCAAACGAGAAUUCAAAGAGGUUAUAAAGAGCGAGGAGGUAGCAAAAUGUGCGAUUAAAGUUGAAUUGGUCAAUGAUAGCCUUACCGAAUUAAAAGGUGAAAUUGCUGGUCCACCAGACACACCAUAUGAGGGAGGUAAUUUUGUACUCGAGAUUAAAGUACCCGAGACAUAUCCUUUCAAUCCUCCUAAAGUACGUUUUAUAACAAAAAUAUGGCAUCCUAAUAUAUCAUCUGUUACUGGUGCCAUUUGUUUGGAUAUUUUGAAAGAUCAAUGGGCUGCCGCAAUGACUUUGCGUACAGUAUUGCUGUCACUACAAGCAUUGUUAUCUGCAGCAGAGCCAGAUGAUCCUCAAGAUGCAGUAGUUGCUAAACAGUAUAAAGAACAUCCAGAAAUGUUUCGUCAAACUGCCACACAUUGGACAUUUGUAUAUGCAGGUGGACCAGCAAAAAUACCUGAUUUAGAUGACAAAAUAAGACGGUUAACAGAUAUGGGAAUUGAAGAGCAUAAUGCGAGAGUUGCUCUAUCUUCGUAUAAUUGGGAUUUGGAACGCGCCACCGAGCACUGCCUCUUCAGUUAGUGAUAACUGUAUAGCUAAUCUCUCACACAUCCAAGCACCAUUCAUUUUGUCAUUAAGAAUUUUCUUGUAACAUCAUAUUUGGAUAUUGAUAUCAUAGUAAUUUUACAAUUGGAAUUCAGCACUUAUAAUGACAAUAUCUCAAUGAUAAAAAGACACUACCAGAAAAUCUAUUCAAUAUCCACUAAUAGUCAUUUAUUUAAUUUGUAACAUAGGCAUGAAGAGAAGAAAUAGUUAAUAAAAAACAGCAAUUAUGAAUCAUUUAACUAAAUUUCAAACAUUUUGUGAGCAGUUUAUUGUUCUACAUUAUAUUCUAUUGAAACUCGACAGUUUUUUGAGAACAAAAAAAUAAAAUCCUUUUAAUGUAAAAAUGUGAUACAAAAUUUAAGUCAUAUUCUAAAUUGUUUUUCUUUUUAUAAAUUUAUUUAUUUUUAAUAUAUUAAAAUUUAAAAAAAUACUUCAUGUUUUCUUUAAUUUAAAAUAAUGUAGAAUAUGUAUCGUUUCGUCAUCUUUUACGUUCCACAGUAUAUUACAUAUAUUUGAAUUGUAUUAAGAAUAUUGGAUUUCUAGCAAAGUUAGAUAUAUAUACAUGAGCGAGAUUGUCACAAAAUCGUGAUAUUGAUUAUAUUUUAAAUGUUUUACUAAGUGUACUGAUUAUGGUUCUUGAAAAUCCGUGAAAAUUUAUAUCAGUUCAAACUUUGAUUAUAAGCUGCAUAUCCACAUUUGCAUUUACAUGUUCGUACAACGUUUCCUGUUUUUUUAGAACAAAAUAGACAUCUGGGAAUACAUCACAAUUUUAUAUAUUGUUAAAUCUAUCGUAAAUAAAAAAAAUGCGAAACUAUUUAUAAGAUUAUAAUGUAUACGAAGAAAUUCCGGAUCUCUCUUUCAUUUUGGUUUUUCACAAUAUAUUCAGUAAUUCCGUUGUUUUUAUUAAAAAAAGAAAAAUGUAUGUUUGCUUGGGGCAAAAUUUAUAAAGUCUGAAAACUACCGAGUAAUAUGGUAAUUACUAAUUUAUAACAAAUCGAUUUAAAAGCAAUACUAUUUUACAUAUGUGUGUAAAGAACUCUACUAAUAUUAUAUUGUUUUCGAUAGAUUGGACGAUAGAAAAACUUGUAAUUUGAAUUAAUAUGAUUGUACAUUACUGAAAUAGUGUAUGGCGAAUCAUAUUUGUAAAAAGAUUUAUAAAUUUGUUUCAAUGUUAA